UACGUUUAGUUUAAGCCAUAUAAAGUAGCAGCCAUAGUCCAAACUUCAUCUUUCUUCCUCCUUUCUCUAUCAUUCAGUCAUUCAUUUAUGUUCAUAAAAUCCCAGAUCACAACCGGCACUGCAAUGAUUACUUGCCCUUUCUACCUUCAUUCCUUUCGGAAACAAAUCCCCUUUCUCCCAUAAACGUCUCCCCAAAAUUCAAUUCCCACUUCCAAUUUUAGGCAUUUGUCUCAUAUUAACAAAAAUCGCCAAAUCCCCAAAUCCCCAGAAUCCCAAUCCCCCCUUCUUUCUCUCUCUCUCUCUCUCUCUCUCUCUCUUCAAAUAUGCAUCCUAAUCCUAUCCCACUCUUCCCACUUACUCCACCUUCCCACCUCCCAAACACCUUCCAAUGGCAAAACCCACCCACCAAUCCCGACCCUGCACCGACGGGUUUUCCUUCCUCGCUGGCCUAUUCAUCGCCCUUUUCUCCGUCUGGUUCUUCUGGUGCUUCAUCGCCCUGUACCAUCACAAACCCAAUUUCGGAUUCCUCCUUUUUCCUAUACCCGGCUCGGGAUACGCCGCCCACGACCCAAAUCCAGAACCCGACCCGAUUGACACUACCUUUUACGACGACCCGGAACUGAGCUACUUCAUAGAAAGCCCGAUCAGGAACUGGGACCAAAAGCGGCGCGUUUGGCUGGACCUACUUCCGUCGCUCGCUUCCGGGUCGCGAAACCAGGUCCUCCUCGUCACCGGAUCGCAGCCGUCCAAGUGUAAGAACCCGAUUGGCGAUCAUUUUCUUCUGAGGCUGUUCAAGAACAAGGUGGACUACUGUCGUUUACAUGGACACGAGAUUUUCUACAACAACGCGCACUUGCAUCCCAACAUGGACUCCUAUUGGGCCAAGCUUCCGGUUAUUCGCGCCGCGAUGCUGGCCCACCCAGAAGCCGAAUGGAUCUGGUGGAUGGAUUUAGAUGCGGUUUUUACGGACAUGGAAUUUAGGGUUCCGUUGGGCCGGUAUGAAAAUCACAACCUUGUAGUCCACGGUUGGCCCAAUAUGGUUUAUGGGGACAAAGAUAAUAAAAGUUGGACCGGGCUCAAUGCCGGGGUGUUGUUAAUUCGAAAUUGUCAGUGGUCCAUGGACUUAAUUGAUGAAUGGGCCUCGAUUGGCCCACAGACCCCGGAUUUUGAAAACUGGGGCCGAAUAUUGACAUCGGUAUUCAAGGACAAGCCGUUCCCACUCCCAGACGAUCAAUCCGCUCUGAUUUACUUGCUCUUCACGGAUGAGGAGAGGUGGGGGAAAAAAGACUUAUUUGGAGUGGGAGUACUACUCGGAAGCUUAUUGGAUAGGGGUAGUGGGGAAGUACGAUAACUUCACCGAGAGUUACGCCGAGACGGAGCGAAACGACAACGGUUUAAGGAGGAAACAUGCGGAGAAAGUGAAUGAGUGGUACGGUGCGAAA